AUGGCUAAUAUGAAGUUGCAAGUAGAAUUCAAUAAACAUCCGGCCAGGGCAUUUUCUGAUGUUAGAAGCUUUGAGACUGAUCUUCGUCUGGUCACAGGCUGGAUUCAGGAAUGUGCUCUGAAUCACGAAAACUGUAAAAGAGGACAGAGGAGCUGGUAUCCCACUCGAUUGCUCCAUUUUGAAAGCAAAGCCCAGAACGUCAAGCUUAUCGUAUCAAAAGAAAACCCUCCAAAUGGACCGUACGUGACUUUGAGCCAUCGUUGGGGCCAACACAAGUACGAGACGCUGAAGCCCUCUACAAUGCAACGGCUGAAAAAGGGUAUCGACGCCGUCACUCUGCCUCAAAUAUUCCAAGAUGCCAUUCAAAUCGCCCAGGCCUUGGGCGUUCAUUACCUUUGGAUUGAUGGCCUUUGUAUUCAGCAAGGAGAAGAUUAUCGUUCAGACUGGGCACGUGAAUCUCAGCAGAUGGAUCAAGUCUAUUCGAAUGCCUUCUUCAACAUUUCCGCAACCUUAUCCGAAGACGGUACUGAAUCGCUGUUCCACCGAAGAUCGUGGAGAUCAAUCAUCCCGUCUCGCAUACAAAUCGAUAUGCAGGGUCGACUGGAGCAAUAUUAUGUGCUCGACGGCGAUAUAUGGAAGGACGAGGUCGACGAGGCCCCACUGAGCACCCGAGGCUGGGUAUUCCAAGAGCGCAUUCUGGCCCCACGAGUAAUACACUUUGGGCCAUCUCAAAUCGGCUGGGAAUGCAAAGAGUUAGAAGCCUUGGAAAUGUUUCCCAACGGAUUACCGCAAAUGUGUGGUCUGUCCACAAUGAGAAAAAGCGACAUAUUGCAAGAUCCCCCGGCGGCAACCCAGGAUUCAGGUAGUACUGACCUGGACGGUUUUGUUGACUUAUGGCAGCAACUGGUGAGUGCGUACUCGAGAUGCGCACUGAGUCAACCAGGUGACAAACUCGUUGCAUUUUUGGGCAUUGCAAAAAAGUUCAUGCAAUCGAGGACUGACACCUAUAUUGCAGGUAUGUGGGAAAAGACCCUCACAUACGAUCUUGCUUGGAACAGAGCCACUUUGGACAUCGAAGACUAUCCACUCAGCAAAACAUCUUGUCGUGCCCCGAGUUGGUCAUGGGCAUCGGUCGAUGGCGAAAUUGAGUUUCCGAAAAUGCUAGACGGUGUACGGGAUCACUUCGUCAGCGAUAUGCAGCUUUCGACCACUGUCGACAACAGCACACCUGCCGUCCGCCGCUCCAAGGUCCAGGCUCGAGGACUUUGUCUACCACUGAGACUCAAGUGGUCGAACAGAAAGAUUUCCGGCGUUACCGUGGCGGGACUUCACUUUAUGGCGGCCGACGAAGAAGACUCUGAUCAAAAAAUCGUGUUGGAAGACUCUACACGGGCGGCGGAAGCGGGCGGCGCAGUCGGACGUCUGCUCCUUUUGCCCUUGUUCACCACAACUCACCUCUUGGUCGGGCUGGUACUGAUUAAAACCCGGGGAGUCAACGCGCAUCUCCGGGUUGGUUCAGUUCAGUUGCGAAUUAUGGCAGAACCAGUUGGUGAGAUUACUCCACCAAAGGAUAUGAAACGCGAGAGAGAUGGAAACCGUUACUGGAGUGUCCCAGCAUUGAAGUUAAGGCUACAUAUCCUUGGGAAUCAGCGUCAGGUACGGAAAAUCGAAAUAUUCUGA